UUUUACCUUCUUCUUCUUCUUUUUUUCUCAAGCAUGACAUCUUUUCCUUCUCACACUCUUUCUCCAUUUCUUCACACAACCUCCCAUGCCUUUUACUCUAUUCUUUACAUAACAUAUUUUACAGGUCCUCUCCUUUCUUCUUCUUUCUUUUCUAUUUUUUGUUCAAUUUUGUCUUUCUUUUCAAUGUCUUGUUAUGGUUUCAUCGAUUACGGAAAGGUCGACUCCGAUUUUCUACCCGAGUCCAAAGCCUACGUCUCUUCAACUCCCAUCCCAGAUCAUCUUUCUCAAUGAUCCAAAAUCGCCAAUGUUCAAUCGCUUGACAGAGAAACUCCCUAGCCUAACUCCAAAUCAGAUCUAGUGUUGCUUGUGAUGCACGUGCAGAAACAUGUGUAAAUUUGCCAAUCUUGAUGAAUCUUCUAUGAACGUGGCUAUGGAAAACAUCCUUGUGAUGAAUGGAUUGGAAUUUAAGAUGGCAUCCAACUCAUCCAAGGUCAUGUAUGAUGCUUAUACUCUAUCUGGUGAACCUACUCCAACAAACAAGCAGUACAAUUCAGUCAAAAUUUGUAGCCAUCCCGAUAUUGCUGCUGGAAACCAUGGUAUGGUAUUGAGCAAAAGUUCAUCCUUUUGCAAAAGAAUAUUAAGUGGCCCAUUGACUAGCCUCAGGGAGUUUAUCCCAAGCCUUAGGAAGGUAAUCCCGAACCUCAGGUUAAUUGUGAUGCUGCUGAUAAUUCUUAAACAUUCAACUUGGAGGUUUUGAAGUGGGUUAAAGAAACUAGAAGUUAGUUUGUUGAGCAUCUAAUUGUGGCUAUGUAUUGAUGACAAAUGCUUCUAUUUCUUCGUAGCAAAUUUUCACCAUCUGUUAAAAAGUUUGUCAAUAUGGUACUUUCUUUGAUUCUUUAAAAUUGUUAGCUAUGCAUAUCUAGUUGUGAA